GUCUGGGGCAGGUGGCUGAGGAGCCCAGAGGAGGCCCUGGUGGGGAUAGGGGGUGAGCAAAGCUUUGGGGGCUUUUUGUGUUUUUACUUUUGAUUUUUUUUUGUAUCCUCAGUGCUGGUACCUCACACACCUGCCUCCCGGACCUGCCCCUCCAUUGCUGAGCUCAGGAAAGUGACACGACCCCUGUUCCCCAGCCCAGAGGCAGCCAUGGCUGCAGAGAGCCCCAUGCAAAGUUUCUGGGAGGAAUCGACACGUCCCAUCUGUCUGGAGGAUUUCACAGCCCCUGUCACUCUGCAGUGUGGGCACAAUUUCUGCCAGGCCCUCCUUAGCCCUCAGGGUAGAGAUACUGUGCAGCAGGGACCCCUACCGCCCAAUUGGCAGCUGACAAACGUGCUGGAACUAGCCAAGCCGCUGAGUUUCCAAGCAGAAAAGAGAGCAAGAUGGGUUGGGGUGUGCAGGGAGCACCAGGAGACUCUGAUGCUGUUCUGUGAAGAGAAUCAAACUCCCAUCUGUGGGGUGUAUGACAGAUCCCAGGCUCACAUGGUGGUGCUCGUACAGGAAGCUGCCCAGGAGUAUAAGGAAAAAUUGGAGGCCCAUUUGAAGGCUUUGAGGGAAGAGAGAGAAAAGGUGCUGGGAAGGAAAACAACAGCAGAAGGGAAAAGCCAGGAGUAUCUGAAAUGGACCCAAGUGGAGAGGCAGAUGAUUGUCGCUGAGUUUCAUCAUCUGCGACAGUUCCUGGAGGAACAAGAGCGGCGACUCCUAGCCCAGCUGGAGAAGCUAGACAAAGAGAUUGGGAGGCUCCAGACUGACACUGUCAGGAAACUCUCUGUGCAGAUUUCCUGUAUCAGCAAGCUGAUCGGUGAGCUGGAGGGGACGUGUCAGAAGCCAGCGAGUGAAUUCCUGCAGGACAUCAGAAGCACCCUGAGUAGGCUGCAGUACACCCAUGUUUGUCUCCAGCUCAGCCCCUGGCCUGCAGAGCCCGGGACAGGAAAUGGCCGUGGCAGAGCCUGUGAGCUUCGAGGAGGUGGCUGUGUAUUUCUCUGAGGAUUUCCAUUCUCUGAAGCUCAUGUGAUCUCCUGGGUGGAGCAAGAGGAGUUGCAGGUCCCAGAUCCCCAGAGUUGUGAGGAAGGGGAGAUCAUCAGCGGCACCCACACAUGUGAGGAAUCAGUUAAAUUGCCUCAGAAACCAGUUUAUAGCAGGUGUAACUUGUGUGUUUUCCUGAAGUCUGUCUGACCCCUCAGCCUGUCUUCAACUUGAGCCAGAGCAUGGUGGAUGGGGAAAGGCUGGGAUCUCUUGUCCGUGGAAGAGUUGUGAAGGGUGCUAAGCUUAUGAUAAUUUGACCAUUAUUUGAGUGUGUAUCCCCUUUUCUAUUCCCUGCAGUAGCAGGUGAUGGGCCGGGUCCUUCCCAGCACCAUGAGCCUGCAGGAGGAGGGGCUGUGGGUAAGGAGUGACAGGUGGGCAGAAUUUUCUUUUAUUAAUACAAAAUGUUGGCAUGUGUAUUUUAAGCAAUUUUAUAUGUAUUAAUCAUUUACAUUCACACAGUUGCACAAAAAUAUGAGUUUGAAGCAUUCAAUACAUGUUUAUCCAUUUACAGUUUGUUAUUGGUAGGAGAUCAUGGCAGCAGCAGUGGCAGGGAGGGGGUGGGGGGGGUUGAAAUCAGAAGCUGUUUUGAUCAGACAAUAACGAUUUCAUGAGAAGAGGGAGAGAUUGCAAAAGCCAAAGCUUUAUAACCAUUAAAAUGCAGACUGCCCACAGCACAUGUCUAGAUAAGCAAAAUGAAUAUUUGUAAAUCAAAGUCUAAUAAGUUCUUAGGAACAUUGCUCGUAACUGUGCCCCUUGGUACAUUUUAAUGAUUGACAAUGGGAGUAUUUUCAUGGUUGGUGUGUGUGGAGUGAAAUCAAUAUUUAGAGGUACCUACUGAUACAGUCAGAUACUUCCAUGUCUAAUUAUAUAAAAUUCAAAGGACAAAGCCAUGGUUAAGCUGGUUUCAGUGUUUCAAAGGCACGAUUCUUAUGUGCACUAAGGCUGCUCUGGCUCUCUGUAUAGCAGCCACAGUGUCACCAACACUAAUGAUUCUAUAAUGGGUCUUAUGAUAAUUGGUGUUUGUUAAAGCUCCAGCUCCUGGAAGCCUGUGAUGAGGUGAGUCUCUUAGUUUCUCUCUCCUAAACAAAGGAAGUUUCAUUAUUGUAUAAUAUGUAUAUGUGUGCACGAUCAGAGUGCAAGCUGAUAGUCUGAGAAGGCAGAGGGUGGCUAGAAAGAACCCAACAUUUAGGCUGUGUCUACAUUGGUGCAAUCUUGCGCCAAAGCAGCUGCUUUUGCGCAAAAACAUGCUGCCUGUCUACACUGGUGGGAAGUUCUUAUGCAAGAACAAUGACGUUCUAAUGUGUGAAAUCAGUGCUUCUUACGCAAGAACUAUGAUGCUCCCACUCAGGAAUAAGCCUUUUUGUGCAACUGUUCUUGUGCAAGAGGCCAAUGUAGACAGGCAACAUGAAUUUCUUGCACAAGAAAGCCCGAUGGUUAAAAUGGCAUGGAUGCUCUUGCGCAAAAGCACAUCUCUUGUGCAAAGGCACAUGCCAGAACUCUUGCGUUAAAGAUCAUGCCAAUGUAGACACAGCCUUAUAGUUUUAUGUUAAGGCUGAUGGUAAGGACAAUCUCAUAAUUUCAGGGCUCCUGACUCAGGAGCUAUAGAAGUUGGGAGCUGGCCAGGCUGUGACUCUGUAGUCGCUACCCAAGGACAGGCACCAGAUCCAAUCCCAUCACUGAUCCAAACAGACCAGGGGUCUCCAUGUGCAGCUACCUGCAGGCACAGCUCCUGCAGCCCCCAUUGGCCACAGAGCACUCAGGGUGGGGCCCCACCAUGGGGCUGCAGGGAUGUGCCAGCAGCUGCACAUGGAGUGAGCAGGCAAGAAACUGCUCUUGCCCUGCUGUGCUGCUGCUGGUGAAGGGCAGUGGCAGAUAUAGGGCGGGGUGAGCGGGGUGGCUGCCCCGGGCCCUGCGCUUCAAGAAGCCCUGUGCAUGCGUCGUGUCAAAGGGGAGGCCCCGCAAAAUUGUGCUGCCCUGGGGCCUGCAAAAUCCUCAUCUGCCCCUGGUGGAGGGAGUCCCUGGGCCAUUUUAAAUCACCUGGGGAUGGCAGGUGAAGUUGUAGGAGCGGGUGAGCAGGUGGGGCAGAAAGGAGAGACCCAGCCCUGAACUUUGCUAGAGCCAGGCAGGGCUGGAUUUAGGAGGUGCGGGGCCCAAUUUGAACAGUUUCAAUGGGGCCCUGGCAGCGAGGAUUUUUUGUUGAGCAAAACAAAAAAACCAAAACACUG